UGUAGUACAGUUAAGGAGAAUACUAAAUAUAGUUAUAAAUCUAAACAUACACAACAAAAGAUAUGUAUGUCAAACACUUAGUACAAUGUACACAGGACUAUUGUUUUGUUAAUUAAUAGUUUGCGUCAAAUACAGAUACAAUACGAAAAAAAGAAACUUGACUGAGGUGAUACUUCUCAUGAGCUCGGAGCUGUUGUCUCCCAGUUCGUUUCCUUGACGCUUGUUGGUUCGCAUUGCAUUGUGGGGAAAGUAUGUUGCUUGGAGACGGUUAACAAGAAGCAGUUACCAAACCAGGUUUGCUUUGAAACUGAUCUCACAACUUAUUUUGCCAGUGUAGAAAUGCUGAAUUUUCGUAUAAAUUGAAAGUGUCAGAGCAUGUCCUCAGCAUCACCAUCUUCACAAAGCCUCUCCUGCAAUGAGGAUGGUUUCCCCCAGUCUGCUGGUAAAGAACUGAUGCUUCCAGUGAGUAGGAUGGACACAAAUAUACUAAAAGCCAGGCUAAUAUCAAUGGCUCCAAGCCAGAUUGCUCCAAAUCCACAGGCUUUGAAAUUUUCACACAGCACAAAGUCUCAGGACAGAAGAAGAGCAAGACAGCAAGCAAUUAAACUGGAACCUUUGCCUGUACUGAAGACAUAUCAAGAUCACAAGCAGCCUGAAUAUAUAUAUCGGAAGAACAGAGAACAGUUAGUCAAUUCUAGGUGGCAACCCUCUGCCAUUGGAGCUGACAUAAGACCUCGACCAUCAUCUGUUGAAAAAUUAACAUCAAAAGGUCAUCUACCUGAACUUCCAGCUGAUUUGAAAGAGAAACAGAUACUGCUGGACCAGAAUAGAACUUUGUCUCCUACCCCACCAAAGAAGCCCCGUAUUUCAGGAUGCGGAUCAGCUUUUCGCACUAAACCUCCUCCAGCCAUGAAAUUCAGUUCAGCUGAGGAGGUCAUCAGAGCUAAGAUUCAUGAUCCUUUGCAAAUUAUCAGUAUCAUUCGGAAUAAUGACCAACUUGGAUUCCUUUACAUGACACCUGCUGUUCCUAAGUCAUCAAUUCAAUAUGACACAUACAACUUAAAGAUUGUUACUCAUGAACACAUCAAUAAGCAUGACUACUACACUAUAAGUCAGCGUGGAGUUACUCAUACCUGGAGUGGGGAGGUUGACUUUCUGGAUCUGGACCGUUGGGAGCAGGAGUAUUUGUACCAUAAACGACUGCUUCAGAUUCCAGCAUUCUCACUGUUUCGCAAAUGGAAGGCUUUUAAAGUCUGGAGGACAAAUGUGCGUUCUAAGAAGAUUAAUGAAUGCCGAAAGGCACUGCAGGAUCACCUGUUCAUUGUGAAUGAUUCUUUGCGUCCUGCAAUACUUAAUAUCCGAGAAAUGUGUUACCGGAUCAGUGACAUGGGACUUUGCCGUAUUGAGAAGGGCCACACCUACACUUUGAAAGAUUUCAGAAAUGCGCAGUUUAAACAGCUUGAAGAGGUUGCUUCUCGUUUGGCAGAGUUUAGGGAACUUGUCAAAGAAGUAGCAAGGAGUGCCUGCCGCACUGCUUUACUUGAAGCUGGAUAUACCCCUGAUGAUUAUUUCUACAAUGCAGAGGAUGGAGGGGCAACAGCUUCCAACUUUCUAGGGCACCCAGAUGGAGACAUGGAGAUGAUGUAUGGCGACUCCCCAGAGAAAAUGAGCUACACAGAGCAGGCAAAUAAAAGAGCCCAUUGUAGGAGGCUAACAUGCUUUAUUCGGCUUGCUGAUUACCUCAUUGUUAACACAAUGCACAUCUUGGCAGUGAAUUCAGUAACUACUUUGCUGAACUAUCUCAAAGAGCAGGUUAAACAAACUGCUACAAUAGAUGUCAUUAGGAGCUGGGGUACAGAGAAACAAGUAAAAGUUGAAGAUUCUAACAAAAAGACAACUGUAGAACAGGAUAAUGAAGAGACAUGUAUUCCAAUGUAUCUUUCGGAACUGAUGCUGGAGACUCAAGCCUUAUCCUUCUUGCCCUCAGCUGAUGACUUUAAGGACUGUAUUUCUGAGAUUAUUCAAAAAUUUCAGGAAACUGUGUUAUCACUUGCUAAUCUAGUGCCUGACUCGUACUUUGAUGCCUUUACUCAACCUACCAUCAAUAAUAAAACUGAAGAGAAAACUUGUGGAGAUGGGCCAAGCCUUGCUUCAAUGUUUGAAGAUGAUAAGCAUUUGCAUUCCAUAGUCCAGGAAAUAAAGGAAGCUCUUCAAUUUGCUUUUGAUGCAGCUAACGUGUACGCUGGUACAUUUGAAAGAUUCCGCCAGUUCUACAAAGAAAAUGAAGGUCUUGACUUAGAAGCACUUAGACAACAAGAACAUGGAGUAGCUUUCUUUGGCGAACAAUUGAAAACUUAUCACACAGAACACAAGGAUGCUCUGGCUAUAAAACAAAAAAGAAAUCUGGGGAUGCUACUAAUUGAUACAACUCAACUUAAGAACAAACUCAUUCCAUCCCCCUUACGUUGCCUUGAGGCCAUAAAUGACAUGCUCCCAGUUCUUGCAAAAAAGAAAAUGGAUGCAAUUAUUGCAGAGGCACAGGAUGCUCAGUUUAAGCUUGAGUUUGUUCCAACUGCAACAACAGAGUAUGUUAACAGCUUGUUGUUUCUUGAUGAAAUACAAGAAAGGAUUGAGGUUCUUGAUGAGGAAACUAAUGUUGUGGCUGAAAUGUAUAAACUCAUUGAUCAAUAUCGUGUUCCGACACCUCCUGAAGAUUUUGCUGUAUAUGCAACUCUAAAGCCUUCCAUUGUUGCAGUCCGCAAUGUAAUAGAUAAAGCAGUGGGAGACAGAGAAUCUAAUGUUACUAGAUUCUGUCAGCAUUUAGACAAAGAUAUCUUAGAACUGAACAAGGAUGUCAAGGAACUGAAGCAGCAAGCUCAGGAUCCUCAGAUUUUAGAUAUAUCUGCAGAGAAACCGAAGAUAAAACAGUUACUAGAAGAAAUGCAUGCGAAAAUUGAUGACCUGCAAAAACAAGCAUUCCAAUACAAAACCUUUCAGAAAACUUUCAAGGUUGAAGUAACAAAAUAUGAUGCUUUGGAAGAACUUAGUGCUGAGCUCAAACUCAAAAGCCUCCUUUGGGAUUCACUUGAUGAAUGGGAUAUUCUUCAACUUGAAUGGCUGGAGCACCCAUUUGAUACCUUAGACCCAGAACAACUAAGUUCACAAGUUACAAAGUAUGCAAAGUUUGUGAAUCAGUUGGAAAAGGGACUGCCUCCAAAUAAUGUUGUUCCAGAACUUAAAGAGAAAGUUGAGAUGAUGAAAGAAAAGCUUCCAGUAAUCAGUGACCUGCGAAAUCCAAGCCUGAAGCAAAGACACUGGAACAUACUGGAAACCACUAUUGAUGCAAAAUUGACUGAGCAACCAUUAUCUCUCGCAAGACUGAUAGAAAUUAAAGCUUUUGAAUUUGCUUCGCAAAUUCAGGAUGUGUCGGGUCAGGCUUCAGGGGAAGCAUCUCUGGAGACCAUUCUUAAAAAGGUGGAAGAUUCCUGGAAAUCUACUGAAUUUGUUGUACUUCCCCAUCGUGAUUCUAAAGACGUUUUCAUUCUUGGUGGUACAGAUGACAUUCAGGUCAACCUUGAUGAUAGCACAAUUAAUGUAGCAACAGUAGCAUCGUCCCGCUAUGUGGGCCCUAUAAAAGUACGUGUGGAUGAAUGGCAAAGACAGCUUGCUUUGUUUAGUCAAACACUGGAAGAAUGGCUAACAUGCCAGAGAAACUGGCUUUAUCUAGAAAGCAUUUUUAGUGCUCCAGACAUUCAAAGACAGCUUCCCGCAGAAGCCAAAAUGUUUCUUCAGGUUGACAAAUCGUGGAAAGAAAUAAUGAGAAAAGUAAACAGACUUCCAAAUGCACUUCGUGCAGCAACUCAACCUGGUCUCUUGGUUUUCGACUUCCAGAACAACAAUGCAUUACUUGAUCAGAUUCAAAAAUGCCUUGAAGCAUAUUUGGAGUCCAAGCGAGUUAUCUUUCCAAGAUUUUACUUUCUUUCCAAUGAUGAACUUUUGGAAAUUCUGGCACAGACGAGGAACCCACAGGCUGUUCAGCCACAUUUGAGAAAGUGCUUUGAUUCCAUUUCUAAACUGGAGUUUGCACUGAUUUCACAAACUGAGGGGAAGGUGACACCUGCUGUUGAAGGAGAGCAGGAGAAAGUCUUCAGCAAUGAUAUCUUAGCAAUGGUGUCUCCUGAAGGAGAAAGGGUUGGACUUGGAAAAGGUCUAAAAGCAAGAGGAAAUGUGGAAGAUUGGCUAGGAAAGGUUGAGGAAGCUAUGUUUUCUUCACUGAGACGUUUAAGCAAAGCAUCAAUCACUGAUUACCAAAAUAAACCGAGAGUUAAAUGGGUCAUUGCUGGUCAUCCUUCUCAGGUUAUAUUAACUGUGUCCCAGUUAAUGUGGUGCCGAGACUUAAACCAGUGCUUAGAAGGGGACGACCAUGAUCAUUUUGAAGCUUUGAAUGAUUUUGAGAAAGAGAAUUUUGAGAGAUUGAAUGCCUUAGCUGCAUUAGUUCGUGGUUACCUUCCAAAGCUUCACCGAAAUAUAAUUACAGCACUUAUUACAAUUGAUGUGCACGCAAGGGACAUUGUCACUGAACUUGUCAAAGAAAAGGUGGAUUCAAUUUCAAGUUUUGAGUGGCAAAGACAGCUCCGUUAUUACUGGGACCUUGACAUAGACAACUGUGUUGCAAAAAUGGCUUUGUCUCAGUACACCUAUGGUUAUGAAUAUCUAGGGGCAUGCCCUCGUCUGGUCAUUACUCCACUCACUGAUCGAUGCUACCUUUGUCUAAUGGGAGCGCUGCAGCUAGACUUAGGAGGAGCUCCUGCAGGUCCUGCAGGUACUGGCAAAACGGAGACCACCAAAGACCUUGCCAAGGCUCUUGCAAUCCAGUGUGUGGUGUUUAACUGCUCAGAUGGAUUGGAUUACAAGAUGAUGGGACGUUUCUUCAGUGGUUUAGCCCAGUCUGGUGCCUGGUGCUGUUUUGAUGAGUUUAAUCGAAUCGACAUUGAAGUUCUCUCUGUGAUUGCCCAGCAACUCAUCACCAUAAGAAAUGCUAAGGCUGCAAAGCUGUCCAGGUUCAUGUUUGAAGGUCGUGAAAUUAAACUGGUAAUGACCUGUGCAGCAUUCAUUACAAUGAAUCCUGGGUAUGCAGGAAGAACUGAAUUGCCUGAUAAUCUGAAGGCUUUGUUCCGACCCAUUGCCAUGAUGGUUCCCAACUAUGCCCUAAUUGCAGAGGUUAUCCUUUACUCUGAAGGUUUUGUAUCCAGUAAAAUUUUGGCCAGAAAAAUGACUCAGAUGUAUAAACUCUGCAGUGAACAGCUUUCACAACAGGAUCACUAUGACUUUGGGAUGAGGGCAGUUAAAUCUGUUCUGGUAAUGGCUGGGUCCCUGAAGAGAGAGAACCCUGACCUGAGUGAGGAUGUGGUGUUGAUCCGAGCUUUACGAGAUUCCAACCUGCCCAAAUUCCUUACUGAAGAUGCUUUGCUUUUUAGUGGAAUUCUCUCGGAUCUCUUUCCGGGUGUUAUCAUUCCAGAUCAUGAUUAUGGUGUUUUGCAGUCAACCAUUGUGGAGGUGAUGCUUAAACAUGACUUGCAAGCUUUACCCAGUAUGAUUCAUAAAGUAAUUCAGCUUUAUGAAACUAUGAUUGUUCGCCAUGGUGUUAUGCUUGUUGGUCCAACUGGUGGCGGAAAAACUACAGUGUACACUGUCCUUGCUAACACCUUAGAGACUUUACAUAGUGCUGGUGAGAACAAUCCAUAUUACUUGCCAGUUAAGACAUAUGUGCUAAACCCCAAAUCAGUUACAAUGGGAGAGCUAUAUGGAGAAGUCAACACCCUGACGCUGGAAUGGAGGGAUGGAUUAAUGGCGCUUAGUGUGCGAGCGGCUACCAAUGACACUUCAGAUGAUCAUAAAUGGAUCAUUAGUGAUGGCCCUGUGGAUGCACUCUGGAUUGAGAAUAUGAAUACCGUGCUGGAUGAUAACAAGAUGCUUUGCCUUGCGAACAGUGAAAGAAUCAAACUUACGCCCUCAAUCCACAUGGUCUUUGAAGUAGAAGAUUUAAAGGUUGCAUCCCCAGCAACAGUUAGCCGCUGCGGUAUGGUUUACAUUGACUCUGAAGAACUGAAAUGGAUGCCAUAUGUGGAGACAUGGAUGACUGGCCUGUCGAAAAAAAUAACUGAAGAAACCAGACAAUACCUGCUGGAUCUUUUUAAUCGAUAUGUUGAAAAUGGGCUUAAUUUUGUUUCUAAGAAAUGCACACAGGCCAUUUCUCAGGUUGACAUUAGCAAAGUAACGACUCUCUGCUGCCUGCUGGAAUCUCUGCUGCUUGGAAAAGGAGGGCCUGAUCUAAAAAUGGUACACAUAGGGUGGGAUAAGAUAGUCUGUUUAUGGCAAAAUACAAAACACAAAUGAAACGGGUAUUGAAACUUUGUUUUCUGUUAUCUGUGGUCAGUGGGUGGAAAUCUGACAGAAAAUUACUGGGAUGCUUUUGACACAUUUGUUAGGCAGCAAUUUGAUGAUAUUGCAGAAGCAAAGCUUCCAAGUUCUGGUGAUUUGUGGAGUGUUUACAUGGACUUUGAUAACAAGCGCCUAGAACCUUGGGAAAGAAUCAUCCCAACUUUUAAGUACAAUAAAGAAACCCCGUUUUUUGAGAUGCUUGUACCAACAACAGACACUGUACGAUAUGGCUACCUAAUGGAACAAUUAUUAGCUGUAAAACAUUCAGUACUAUUCACUGGUAUAACAGGAGUGGGAAAGUCUGUUGUUGCCCGAGCACUGCUAAACAACAUUCAAGAUCAGGCAGGCUAUGUUCCUGUUUAUAUCAACUUCUCCGCUCAGACCUCUUCUGCCAGGACUCAGGAAAUGAUUGAAUCUAAACUAGAAAAGAAAAGAAAAAACAUAUUGGGGGCCCCAGGGAACAAGAAAGUCGUCAUUUUUGUGGAUGAUCUAAACAUGCCCAAAUUGGAUCGUUAUGGUUCCCAGCCUCCGAUUGAGUUACUUCGACAGUACCAAGACUUUGGAGGGUUCUAUGACAGAGAGAAAUUUUUCUGGAAAGAAAUUCAGGAUGUAACCAUCGCAGCUGCCUGCGCUCCUCCCGGUGGUGGUCGCAAUCCAGUAACUCCUCGUUUUAUUAGACACUUCAGCAUGCUCUGUCUGCCAACACCCUCCGAGCACAGCCUAAAACAAAUCUUUCAGGCCAUCCUAAAUGGGUUCUUAACAGAAUUUCCAAAUGCUGUUAAGCAGACUGCUGCAAGUAUUGUGGAUGCUGCAGUUGAAAUUUACCGCAGGAUGAGCAUUGAUCUUCUUCCUACACCAGCAAAGUCCCAUUAUGUGUUCAAUUUACGUGAUUUAUCAAAGUGUGUGCAGGGAAUUCUUCAGUGUGAGCCAGGCACUGUGAGAGAUCAAAAGCAAAUAUUCCGACUUUUUUGCCAUGAAUGCCAAAGAGUUUUCCAUGAUCGCCUAAUCAACAAUGAAGACAAAAGCUAUUUUAAUUCAAUGGUAUCCGAGAUGGCCGGCAAAUAUUUUGGAUUUCAGAUUGAGCCGUCAUACUUUGUAACUAAGCCAAUCAUUUUUGGAGACUUCAUGAAGGUCGGGGUAGACAAAGCUGACCGCAUCUAUGAAGAUUUGACUGAUAUAGACAAGAUAAAAUCUGUGCUUCAAGACUACCUAGAUGAUUACAAUAUGACCAAUUCCAAAGAAACACAGCUGGUAUUUUUCCAGGAUGCUGUGGAGCAUGUUUCAAGGAUUGCCCGGAUGAUUCGACAAGAAAGAGGAAAUGCUCUUCUGGUUGGUGUUGGGGGUACUGGCAAGCAAUCCCUAACACGACUUGCUGCCAACAUGUGUGGGUACAAGUGCUUUCAGAUUGAACUCAGCCGAGGCUAUAACUAUGACAGCUUCCAUGAUGAUCUGAGAAAGCUAUACAAAAUGGCAGGAGUCGAAGGGAAAGAUAUGGUAUUUCUUUUCACAGACACACAGAUUGUUGUGGAGGAGUUCUUGGAAGAUAUAAACAAUAUGCUCAACUCUGGGGAAGUGCCUAAUCUGUUUGAGAAGGAUGAACUUGAGCAAGUUCUUGCAGCAACUCGACCUAAAGCAAAAGAAGCUGGAAUACCAGAAGGAAACAGAGAUGAGGUCUUCCAAUAUUUUAUCUCUCGGGUGCGUGAAAAACUACACAUUGUGCUGUGCAUGAGCCCUGUUGGAGAUGCAUUCCGAGCACGUUGUCGAAUGUUUCCAUCUCUGGUAAACUGCUGUACCAUAGACUGGUUUGUUCAGUGGCCAAGAGAAGCUCUUCUGUCUGUCUCAAAAACUUUCUUUAAAAACAUUGACCUUGGGAAUGAGGAAAUGAAAGACAGGUUUUCAGAAAUGUGUGUUGAAAUUCAUGUGAGUGUAACAGAGAUGGCAGAUCAAUAUUUUGCUGAGCUACGACGGAGGUAUUACACAACUCCCACAUCGUAUCUGGAAUUGAUCAACCUGUAUUUAUCAAUGUUGGGGGAGAAAAGAAAACAACUGGUGUCGGCCCGGGAUCGUGUCAAGAAUGGUUUAACCAAACUGCUUGAAACAAACGGAUUAGUAGAUAAAAUGAAAGUAGAUCUGUCAGCGCUGGAACCAGUCCUAAAACAGAAGUCUGUGGAUGUGGAUGCUUUGAUGAAGAAACUGAGCGUGGAUCAAGAAAAGGCAGACAGGGUUCGACGGGUAGUAAUGGAAGAUGAAGCAAUUUCUAAAGUAAAGGCUGAGGAGACACAGGCCAUUGCCGAUGAUGCCCAACGGGAUCUGGACGAAGCUCUGCCUGCUCUAGAAGCUGCAAACAAAGCACUUGAUUCUUUGGAUAAAGCAGAUAUUUCUGAAGUUAGAGUGUUUCCAAAGCCUCCUGAUCUUGUACAGACUGUUAUGGAAGCUAUCUGUAUUCUGCUUAAUGCAAAGCCUGACUGGAGUAGUGCAAAGCAAGUUCUAGGAGAUUCCAAUUUCCUGAGAAAGCUUAUGGAGUAUGAUAAAGACAACAUAAAACCACACAUCUUGCAGAAACUUCAAAAAUACAUACAUAAUCCAGAUUUUAUACCAGAAAAGGUUGAGAAAGUAUCCAAAGCCUGCAAAUCCAUGUGCAUGUGGGUGAGAGCUAUGGAUUUAUACUCCAGAGUAGUGAAGGAAGUUGAGCCAAAAAGACAAAAACUUAACGCAGCACAGAUAGAACUUGAUUUCACGAUGUCAACCCUUAGAGAAAAGCAGAAACAACUGAUGGCUGUAGAGGAACAAAUUAAAGUGCUCCAGAAUCAAUUUGACAGCAGUGUUGCAGAGAAAGAGACCCUUGUUAAAACAAUGGCUCUUACUGAGGCUCGGCUGAUCCGUGCUGGAAAGCUUACAGCAGCUUUGGGAGAUGAACAGAUCCGUUGGCAAGAAAGCAUUGCUAAUUUUGAAGAAGAAAUAGGAAACGUGACAGGAAAUGUGUUUAUUGCUGCUGCUUGUGUUGCGUAUUAUGGAGCCUUUACAUCUCAUUACAGACAACAGCUAAUAGACUGGUGGAUUAAACGCUGCCAAGAGCUUCAGAUUCCUAUUAGCUCAAACUUUAGCCUUAUAAAUAUAUUAGGUGAUCCCUAUGAAAUCCGGCAAUGGAAUACUGAUGGUCUGCCUCGAGACAAUGUGUCAACGGAAAAUGGUAUUCUUGUGACAAGAGGGCGACGAUGGCCUCUGAUGAUUGAUCCCCAAGACCAGGCAAAUCGCUGGAUAAGAGCCAAAGAAACUAAGAAUGGAUUGAAAGUAAUUAAACUGACUGACACUGGUUUCUUGCGUACCUUGGAAAAUGCUAUAAGGUUGGGCAUGCCUGUCCUACUAGAAGAGCUUAAGGAGACUUUGGACCCAGCUUUGGAGCCGAUUUUAUUGAAACAAACCUUUGUUACUGGUGGAAGAAUGCUGAUUCGACUUGGAGACUCUGAUAUUGACUAUGACAAAAAUUUUAGAUUCUACAUGACAACUAAAAUGUCAAACCCCCAUUACCUCCCAGAGGUGUGUAUAAAAGUUACAAUUAUUAACUUCACUGUGACAAAAUCAGGCCUGGAAGAUCAGCUGCUAAGUGAUGUGGUAAGACUGGAGAGACCUGAUCUGGAAGAACAAAGAAACCAGCUGAUUGUCAGAAUAAAUUCAGAUAAAAAUCAACUGAAAGCCAUUGAAGACAGAAUUCUAAAACUUUUGUUCACUUCAGAGGGAAACAUUUUAGACAACGAAGAGCUUAUUAAAACUCUCCAGGAAUCAAAGGUAACAUCAGGUGCCAUUAAAUGUAGAUUAGAAGAAGCAGAAGCAACUGAAGUGAAGAUUAAUGCGGCUCGAGAAAAGUACCGCUCUGUUGCAACUCGGGGAUCUGUCAUGUACUUUGUAAUUGCCAGUCUCUCAGAAAUAGAUCCGAUGUAUCAGUUCUCCUUGAAGUACUUCAAACAGUUGUUCAAUAUGACGAUCGAAACAUCACAGAAAAGCAAUGAUUUGGAUGAGCGCUUGACUAUCUUACUGGAUCAAACUCUGUUCACCAUGUAUACCAGCAUCUCCCGAGGUCUCUUUGAGCAACACAAACUGAUCUACAGCUUUAUGCUGUGUAUUGAAAUCAUGCGCCAAAGAGAUGAAAUCUCAGAUGCUGAAUGGAAUUUCUUCCUAAGAGGGGCUGCAGGUUUAGAUAAGGAACACACUGGCAAGCCUGACAUUCCAUGGCUAACAGACUUCAUGUGGCAGGCCUGCUGUGAUUUAGAGGACAGGUUGCCAGGUUUCAAGGGAAUCAAACAAGAAAUAGUGGGGACGUCCAUUUUCAUUAAACUAGGGCGUCUUGAAAUUAAUAUCAACCCAGAAUCAUGGAAGGGAUAUGUCUCUGAGUUACCACCAUACCAUCCAGAUGACAAAGAUACUAAUGUAAUCCGUGGACAGUGGAAUGAAAGACUCACUAUUUUUCAAAAAUUAAUCCUCAUCAAAAGCUUUGUGGAAGAAAAGGUGGUGUUUGCAGUCACAGACUUUGUAAUAGAAAGCCUUGGAAAACAAUUUGUAGAGAAUCCUCCAGUAGAUCUGGCCACUUUGUACAAUGAUAUGUCUCCUUCUACUCCACUGGUCUUCAUUUUAAGUACAGGCUCUGACCCCAUGGGAGCUUUCCAGAGGUUUGCAAGAGAACGAGGAUACUUAGACCGGGUACAGUCAAUAUCGUUGGGGCAAGGGCAGGGGCCCAUUGCUGAGAAAAUGAUCUCAGCAGCUCUUAAAACAGGAAACUGGAUAUAUCUUCAAAACUGUCAUUUAGCAGUGUCUUGGAUGUUAGCCAUGGAAGAACUGAUCAAAACAUUCACAGAGCCAAGUGCAUCCAUUCAUAAGAACUUUCGACUGUUUCUGAGCUCCAUGCCUACAAACGCCUUUCCAGUAACUGUUCUGCAAAAUUCUGUCAAGGUUACUAAUGAACCUCCGAAAGGACUUCGAGCAAAUAUCAGAAGAGCCUUCACAGAAAUCACAAAUACAUUUUUUGAAGAACAUAUACUUGGGAGGCAAUGGAGAAAAAUAAUCUUUGGAAUGUGCUUCUUCCAUGCAAUUAUUCAGGAAAGAAAAAAAUUUGGAGCACUUGGGUGGAAUAUUCGCUAUGAAUUUAAUGACAGUGACAGAGAGUGUGCUCUGCUGAACCUAAACCUCUAUUGCCAUGAAGGAAGUAUCCCAUGGGAUGCUCUUGUCUACAUUACAGGGGAGAUUACUUAUGGUGGAAGAGUCACAGAUGCUUGGGACCAAAGGUGUUUGCGCACCAUCCUAAAGAGAUUUUUCUCCCCUCCGAUAUUGAAUAAGAAUUACAAAUAUUCAGCAUCAGGUAUGUAUUAUGCUCCUGAGGAGGACAGCUUGCAAACUUACAGAGAAUACAUUGAAAAUCUCCCCUUAAUUGAUGACCCAGAGAUAUUUGGAAUGCACGAAAAUGCCAAUUUGGCUUUCCAGCGCCAGGAGACCUCCACUCUAAUUAACACUGUACUUGAAGUUCAGCCAAGAUCUUCUGCACGAGGGGCUGGGAAAAGCAAUGAUGAAAUAGUUCGAGAGCUUGCUGACUCAAUAUUGGCAAAACUUCCAGAAAAACUUGACAUGGAAGUUGCAUCAGAAGGCCUUUUUGCUAAGGAUGCAAAUGGACGUUUGGAUUCAUUGACUACAGUGUUAGGACAGGAGGUAGAUCGCUUUAACAACCUGUUGAAGAAACUAAGAACCUCAUUAGAAACACUAAAGAAAGCAAUUGCAGGUUUUGUGGUUAUGUCAGAAGAGAUGGAAAAAAUUUACCAUAGUUUUCUUAACAAUCAAGUUCCCGAUCAAUGGGCCAAUGCAGCUUACCCUUCUCUGAAGCCCUUAGGAGGGUGGGUGAAAGACCUGGCACUUAGGACCGCAUUUAUUGAUAAUUGGAUCAGACAAGGUCAACCCAAGUCAUUCUGGAUCUCAGGGUUCUUCUUUCCACAAGGGUUUCUAACAGGUGUUCUGCAAAACCAUGCUCGGAGGUACAACCUUCCCAUUGACGAGCUUAACUUCAGUUAUACUGUUUUUCCUGUGUAUCGUGAUCAAGCAGCUGCAGCAGAGGCAUUAAAAAUGCUGCAAUUUGGACAAGAACUGGAGAUGGACACCCAGUUACCCUCUCCAAAAAAUGGUGUAUUAGUGCAUGGGAUGUUUAUGGAUGCCAGUCGCUGGGAUGAUAAAGACAUGGUAAUUGAAGAUGCUAUGCCAAGACAAAUGAAUCCCAUGUUACCAGUAGUUCAUUUUGAACCCCAGCAAAACUACGUGCCAAAUCCUACAUUAUAUCAUGCACCACUCUACAAAACUGGAGCCAGAGCAGGAACACUUUCAACAACAGGUCAUUCAACAAACUUUGUUGUAACAGUGCUGUUGCCAUCAAAACAACCCAACGAUUACUGGAUAGCCAAAGGAUCUGCUCUGCUGUGCCAGCUGAAUGAAUAAAACGGCUUUCAUACUUCAAUCGUAGACGACACGUGAGGAUUAGUUUCAGAACAGACACAAUGCAGUUCUAACAAUGUAUAUUUUAAGCACAAUAUUUAUUAUUAUUAGUAGUAGUAUUAGUCGUAGUAGUAUUAUUAAUAAUUAUCCAUUUUAAAGCCAUAAUUUAUUUUAAUGGAGAAUUUAACAUUUUGAUUAUAUGCAGUAGCUUUGAAAUAUAUAUUUUCAAAUUUAAUUGUAACAAUAUAAAUGCUUUCUCUUGUUGUGAUGCUCUUUAUUGAUGCCUCUUUUCACUGAUAAAACUGACGUGCAUAAUCAAUUUAUUUUAUGGUCUUCGGUCGUUUUUUUAUUUCUUUUCAUCUACAGUUGAGAUUUAUGGCAAGUGUCAAGUUAGUCCACACCUAUCUAUAUUUUAUAGAAUGAGUGUCAUUGUAUAAUGGGCUACUGCAAUGGUUACGAUAGGACUGCAAUUGUCAUGCUUUUUUCUUAUCAAUCUGGACAGGGCUAAGCUGAGGACAUAUUUGUCUGCUAAUGUCCAACAAACUAGUCUUCUGUGACACAGAUAAUUUACUUUCUCCUUUCUGCUAUGUUUAAUUAAAGGAGUGUACAGUUGUGUAGUCCUCUUUUCACAUCUCACUCAAGUUUCUCUCAUUCUCACUUUGUGUUCCCUACAUAAAGGUUAACCCCUAAUCAAUAUACAAGAACCCUAAUUGUCCAAAUGCAAACAUGCAAUAAAUCAAGCUUGUAAUUUAAAGAUGCA